AGUUGUCAGAGUACUUGCACACCGACAGCAUGUCGUUGGUAGUUAAUGUGUUAUUGGACAUUACUAUACAAGUAUGCAACAAUGGAUGUCUAUCGUGAAUUAAAGUAAUAACUUUGUCAGUUAUCUUCCCGGAAGUAUCGCUCUCUGCUCGCUGUCACUGAUGUGUUCGGAGGCAAACGGUCGAGGUGACUUUGUGAAACCGUCAUUAGCUACCUAACUUCAGUCACAGCUAACGUAAAUACCGUCUGUAUGUUGAAUGUCACAAUGUUGGCGACGUUGUCCAGAGUUAAAAGCCCUCGGUGGCUUUCUCCGGACAUACUCUUAGGAUACAUGUUAGGACAGGAGGUCAGAAGAAACGAGCUGCGCUGGUUGAGAUACAGUUGUUCUCCGGUAUCAGCAGCGUGGAGACAGAAAGUCACCGGUGGUGUCAGAGAUGUCAGCACCUCCUGUUCUCUGUGCGCUAAGGUCCGAGGAGGAAAGAAGAGAGAGAUGUCUGAGAAGAAGCUGACCCGUCACUUUGUAGACCAUCGCCGUGUGAAGCUGAUGGCCGGAUCAGGCGGCAGAGGGGCCUGCAGCUUUCACAGUGAGCCGCGAAAAGAGUGGGGUGGACCAGAUGGAGGGAAUGGAGGUGAUGGAGGAAGCAUCAUUAUCAAGGCUGACAAGUUUGUUAAAUCAUUGGCACAAGUACUUCCUGUUUACAAGGGAGAGGAUGGACAGUCAGGGAGCAACAAGAACUGUUACGGCAGGAAUGGCAGCCCUUCAUAUAUUACUGUACCAUUAGGCACCGUGGUGAAGGAACAAGGAAAGACAGUAGUGGACCUCUCUGAGCAUGGCCAGGAGUAUCUGGCUGUGUUUGGAGGGGCCGGUGGGAAGGGGAAUCGAUUCUUUUUGUCCAAUGAGAACCGUGCCCCAACGACAGCAACCCCGGGGAUGGCGGGCCAGGAGAGGGUCCUUCACCUAGAGCUCCGCACCAUGGCCCACGCUGGACUGGUGGGGUUUCCUAAUGCUGGGAAAUCAUCACUGCUGAGAGCCAUCUCCAAUGCCCGGCCUGCUGUGGCUGCCUACCCUUUUACAACACUCAACCCACAUGUAGGAAUUGUCAGUUACAGGGACCAUGAGCAAGUUGCAGUUGCUGACAUCCCAGGCAUCAUUCGAGGAGCCCAUCUCAACCGGGGCCUUGGCAUCUCUUUUCUGCGUCACAUAGAGCGCUGUCGUUUCCUCCUCUAUGUCCUGGACCUGUCGGCUGCGGAGCCCUGGACCCAGCUCCAGCACUUGCGUUAUGAACUGGACCAGUAUGAACCCGGUCUGUCUGAGCGGCCUCAGGCCAUCAUAGCCAACAAGAUGGAUCUACCCGAGGCCCGGGAGAAGCUAGAGACUCUAAAGAGCCAUGUCACCGAGCGGGUCAUCCCUGUGUCGGCUCUCACGGGACAGAACACAGAGGAGCUCAUCCUCCACCUUAGAGAACUGUAUGAUGGCUACCUCCAGGGAGGAGGGAGCGGGGAGAGCAAACCAAUAAGGUGGUAGUAAAAACUGUUUCCUCCUGCUCUACUGAUAUAACAUAAAUUUAUACUGGUAGAAAAAGAGUGUAUUUAGAUUGUUUAAUAAAUAUAAAAUGAAUCAAAAUUAUGUGUGUGUAUUUAUAACUUGCAGCAUAUUGCUCCAUACACUGAAAUAUUUUUGGGAUAUCUUUAAAACAUUUGAUAAAGCCUCUAACAGCUUUAUUCUCUGUUGUAAUGUGUUUUGAUUCGUGUGGUUCUGUGUUGAAACCACAGCUGCAGCUUGGUAAUAAGAGUAAACAUAGUCCCCAAAUGAACCAGCAGAGGGCAUGUGUCUCAUAAUUUUGAAUAAUUUACAUUUCUGAUUUGGUCUCUCUGUGAAUAAAGCUUGAUAGAGUCAAGACGAUGACUUUGGUGGGCAGCUGCUGCCGCUCUUAACUUGAUUUCCAGCCUACACAAGCACAAUGACUCAGAUGUGUAUUUGAUUUGCCAGCAGCCCUUAAUUGAUGUAUGUUGAACAGUGACGAUGCUACUGGUGUAUUGUAUCUGAGCAGGUCUAAUUUGUUAUAAAAAGAACCACAUAGGGCAUAGAUACUUUGUAUUUUGAUGCUGUACUCUGCAGUAAUCCUGCACUCAGAUAAAUGGCAGAUUAAAAGAGAGGAGUAAGAGCCAUUCUGAGUGUAAACCAU